CCUCCAUGUCUCCAAUCCCACCGAUAUCCAUUUGCUCUUCAUGCUCAACCCCGGCAACCAAAUUUCUUCUUUCUAUUCAUUACCUUGUCUUUCUGCGGUUUUCAACUUGGACUUGCAGUCGAAACAUCUGAUCUACUCUUCAUCCAUAGCUUAGCCUCUCCGUACGGCUUCUUCAACUUCCAGCCAACCCCCAGACCAUACUCACUUUGUGAGCCCCACCAAGCAACAGUCAAUAUGGGUGUCAAGGACGUUCUGUCUCGCAAGGAGGGUGUCAUUGUCGGUGACGAUGUCCUGGCUCUGUUCAAGCACGCUCAAGAGAACAACUACGCCAUUCCGGCCGUCAACGUGACGUCCUCGUCAACCGUCGUUGCCUCUUUGGAGGCUGCCCGAGACGCCAAUGCUCCGAUUAUCCUCCAGACAUCCCAGGGAGGAGCUGCUUACUUCGCGGGCAAGGGUGUCAAGAACGAUAAGCAACAAGCCUCGAUCGCCGGCGCUGUCGCCGCAGCUCACUACAUCCGAAGUGUUGCUCCCGCCUACGGCAUCCCAGUCGUUUUGCACACCGACCACUGCGCAAAGAAACUUCUGCCAUGGCUUGACGGAAUGAUGGACGCCGAUGAAGCAUACUUCAAGCAACAUGGCGAGCCUUUGUUCUCUUCUCAUAUGAUCGACUUGUCUGAGGAGGCUGUUGACUGGAACGUUGAGACAACUGCCAAGUACCUCAAGCGGGCGGCUCCCAUGAAACAAUGGCUGGAGAUGGAAAUCGGUAUUACGGGUGGUGAGGAAGACGGGGUCAACAACGAGUCCGUCGACAACAACUCCCUGUAUACUCAACCCGAGGACAUCCACAUGAUCUACACCACCUUGAAGAAGAUCUCACCAUACUUCUCCAUUGCCGCUGGCUUCGGCAAUGUCCACGGUGUCUACAAGCCUGGCAAUGUUCGUCUCCAUCCAGAACUUCUUGACAAACAUCAGAAAUAUGUCAAGGAGAAGGAGGGCACCUCAUCCGACAAACCUGUGUUCCUUGUCUUCCACGGCGGCUCCGGCUCUUCCAAGAAAGAAUACACCGACGCCAUCAGCUACGGUAUUGUCAAAGUCAACCUCGACACUGACUUGCAAUGGGCCUACCUCACGGGUAUCCGCGACUACGUCAUCAACAAGCACGACUACCUCAAGACGCAGGUUGGCAACCCUGAGGGCGAGGACAAGCCGAACAAGAAAUACUAUGAUCCCCGGGUUUGGGUGCGAGAGGGUGAGAAAACCAUGAGUGCACGUGUGGCUGAGGCACUCAAGGACUUCAACACUGCCAAUCAAUUGUAAGAAGGGAGAUCUACGGCAGGCCGAGAAAAGUCUGUUUGCAACCUAUGGAAGGGGUUGAGUGCGUGCUCUUUGGGAGAGAUGGAUGCUGUUCUCCGUUCUGGACGCGCGCAUGCAAGGCAGUAUGAGGUAUAAGCGAGUAUCAGCAGAGCAAUAGCCCAAUAUAUCACUAGGAAAAGCCCAACCCACGAUGCUCAUCCUGCCUUAUGGUCGCUACUUUGUUCUCCCACGUCUCCUUGUAAACGCUUGAACUGUCUCGUGGCC